AUGAAUACAUCACCGCCAAUAUCAACUGUUGCCAUGGCAAGCUAUGAUCAGUUUCAUUUAUCGACCACCGAACGACGAAUUCGAAAUCGCAGUUUGUGUAGCUUACUUUGGACUCCACCACUCUAUCCCGGUUACUCAGCAAAACUCGACAAAUCACUUAAAUCCAAUUUUUAUCAAAAACAAUGGAAAUCUACCGUAUCCGAAAUAACAACCUUAUCAAAUCCUGUAUCACCUAACUGUACGACUAAUCCUGAUUUUCACUCAUCUUCAACUCAAAAUCGAAAUAUGAUCAAUGCAACUUAUCCAUUUAAGCGUAAAAUGCCAUCACAAUUGCAGUCAUCAGAAAAUGAGGAUAUUGGUUGGAAUAGUCCAAAGAAGUAUACAAAUUCAAAAGAAUCAUCCGGUUAUGGUUCCGGAACAUCCGAAUCAGAUCUGGAAAAUGAGCAACAAACAAGGAAGACUUUAGAAACAGUUACUGAUUCUUCUGAUACUAUUACCAAUAUUAAUAGUAAUCCGUCUUUUACGAUGAAUGAUAAUUGUGAUGAUAUUUUUGAAAAACAAAAAAUUGAAAUAGUUGGACGAGCAACAACACGUUCACCAAUAAGGCAACAACAUAACCGUCAGCAUACGUUAGAAAAAAAUAGACGACGAAGUGUUCCUGCCAAUCUUCGUAAUGCUUUUACAGAUGAAAUUGCUCGCGUACUUGAAAUCAACGGUGUUUUUCAAUAUGAAACAGAUGCGGAUACCGGUAUACGACGACCAAUAGUACGUGAGCAAAGUAUUAAUCGACCGGAAUCGGUUAUUCAACUUGCACGAAAAUUUGCUGAAGCAAGCGCU